AUGGCUGUAGAUUAUGUAAGCAAGAGGGUAGAAGCAGUUUCUUUACCCACUAAUGAUGCUAAGGUGGUUAUAAAAUUUUUAAAGAGGAACAUAUUAACCAGAUAUGGAACCCCACGUUGUCUCAUCAGCGAUGAAGGGAAACAUUUCAUCAACCGCCAACUUGAGAGGUUGUUGGAGAAAUAUGGAGUCAAACACAAAGUUGCAACCCCAUAUCAUCCACAAACCAGUGGUCUCAUUGAAGUCUCUAACCGAGAGGUUAAGAGAAUUUUAGAGAAGGUAGUUAAUCCUUCUCGAAAAGACUGGUCUCUCAAGUUAGACGAGGCAUUAUGGGCUUACAGAACAGCAUAUAGAACACCCUUAGGGUGUUCCCCAUACAGAUUGAUAUUUGGCAAAGCUUGCCACCUCCCCCUCGAACUGGAGCACAAGGCUUACUGGGCAGUCCAAACCCUCAACAUGGAUGAAAAAACAGCUGAAGAGAAGAGAUUGCUGCAACUCGAAGAAUUAGAGGAGUUCAGAGGGAACACAUAUGGAAAUCAUAAAUUGUACAAGGAGAAGAUGAAGAAGUGGCACGAUAAAAGGAUCAGAACAAAGAUCUCAAAAUCGGUCAGAAGGUGCUACUCUUCAACUCUAGACUCAGACUGUUCCCAGAUUGCUGCCAACCUUCAAACUAGAACACAAGGAUCACUAGCAGGGAAUACUGACGUCCCUUCAACAACCUCGCCAAAAGUAGCAUCUAUCUCCCCUUCAGAGCAAAUCAAAGUUGUCACCUUAAGAAGUGGGAAAGCCACAGCACAGCCCACAGUUCAACCAAAGGAAAAGGAACAGACUGGAGCAUCUGAAGCAGCCCUAAAAGCACAGCAACAAUCACCAGUCACAGAUGAACAGAACCCAGAACCUGAAAAGGAAGCCAACAGCCAACCAAUCAGUCCAACUCAAAGCAGGCAAAUAUUAACAAAAAUUAUGUUCCCUCAAAGAACAAAAAAGCAACAGGAGGAUAAGCACUUUGGAAAGUUCCUGGACAUUUUAAAACAACUUCACAUCAACAUUCCUCUGGUGGACGCACUAGAACAGAUGCCCAGGUACAUAAAAUUCAUGAAAGAUGUCCUCUAA